UGCACCACAUGAAAGUACAACUCAGUAGCUUUUAGUUGAAUUUGCUGAACGGUCACACACUAUGUGUAGUGAGUGAUCCUAAUUGAUAUUCUAGACACGCUUUUCUGGGAUACCGGAUGGUUUAGGCCGUUACCAGGCUAAUGCGAUUUCGUCUCUUAUCGUCUGCACUAAAACGACCGAAAACGCUGAUCAGAUUAACAGUAUAUGACACUUUUUUCGGCAUCGUUUUCAAAAGCCCUUGUUUUCACCUACUCCACACUAGGAACGGAGCGUUUUCAAAACGAUGUGUUUUCAAAAGGCUUCACUUUUGUAACGGUUUUCGAAAGCCUCCGUUUUCAUUAGCGUUUUCGAGCGUUUUGGUCUGGACGAAAGGCGAGAACACAUCAAAACGUGUGCGUUUUCAUACGAAAACGGGUUAGUGUGGUCGGGUCCUUAGUCUUCACAUAUGUGUUUCAUACCGUUUACUGCAGGAAAGCUUCUUCAAACCAACUCUGGAGCGAAGGAGCGGCUGUUCUUUGAGGCGCCCCGCGGUACGCGUCAAACAAUAGCCACCAAUAAAGCUAAAGAGAUUGACUGGUUCACAUGGACCGGUGUUCUUGGUGAAGACUGCACGGGAAUCUGGCCGCCACACUCAGACAUUACUGAUGUGAACGCGGUUGAUUUGACCAAGGAUAAGAAGAUCCUAGCCACCGGAGAUGACUUUGGAUUUGUGAAGGUGUUUGAGUACCCAGUCCAGGGCAAGAAUGCCAAGUUUAAGAAAUAUGUCGGCCAUUCUGCGCAUGUCACAAAUGUCCGCUGGACAAAUGACGACAGCCGCUUGAUUUCAGUGGGAGGAGCCGACACGUCAGUCAUGGUGUGGUCACAUGCUCGGGGCCGUGAAAGAGAAGACACUGGUGGCGACAGUGAUGAUUCGGACACAGACUCGGAGGAAGAGGGAGGCUACGACAGUGACGUGCAGAAAGAAAAGAAUCUGACAUACGAGGAUAAGAUUUAUGCAAAUCCGAUUCGAACUACAAAAGGCGUAAAACCACAUCUUAGAGAGAAGCAAGAUGACGAGGAACAUAGACCUGCUGUUAGUCGUGGCUCUAAAGCUCCUCCUAAAGUCAGACAGCUUGAUCGGCAGAGGGACUCGGGAAAGAAAAGAAGAAAUCAACAAAUCCAGGAACUCAGUUUGGAAUUCAUUCACGGCUAUCGAGGAUUUGACACCAGGAACAACUUACACUACCUCCCUGAGGGAGACAUUGUGUACCACGCUGCCGGGGCGGGAAUUGUUCUGAGCACAGCUAAUGGAAUACAGUCAUUCUAUCUUGACCACACCGACGAUAUCAUAUGCUUGGCUGUCAACCAACACCCUAAGUUUAAGAACAUUGUAGCUACUGGUCAGAUCGGUACAGAGCCUUGUGUUCACGUGUGGGAUGCCAUGUCCAAGGAGACGUUAUCCGUCAUACAAGGAUUCCACACCAAAGGCGUGUGUGCAGUGAACUUCAGCUGUAACGGAAAGCUUCUUGUAACUGUAGGCAUCGACGCUGCACAUAGCAUUGCGGUGUGGAAAUGGGCUGAAGGCAGCAAACUUGCCAGUUCUCAUGGUCACACAGAGAGGAUUUUUGUAGCGGAGUUCAGACCAGACUCUGACAGCCAGUUUGUCACAUGUGGAGUAAAACACGUCAAGUUUUGGAGUUUGGCAGGAGGACAGCUGGUUGGAAAACGGGGGGUGAUAACGGCAGCCCUACAGGGGGAGGGUGACGACUCCCAGCUUCGCAUGCAGACAAUGCUAUCGGUGGCGUUUGGAGCGGUAAGAAAAUACGGUUAAACUUCUCUACAACGGACAGGCCGUUGUAGUAAGACCAUUUUAAAAGGCUUGCUGUAAAAGUUAAAUGUAUGGAUCAGUACAUGAUCGGGACAAAAAUGCCAUCUUAGCCGUUUUAUAGAGGAGAGCUUUGAGAUACUGAGCUGUAAAAGAUCAUUUUGCCCAACUUAAAAUCGAAGGAAGUCUACUUUUUGACCUUCUUGUUUGUCAUACCGCACUCAUAGUCUUUUCUCUUAAGUAGUAGCAGAAACAUUUUGACCAUAAGUUAGUAUAACUGUGUAAUUAGUGUUUUGCACUUGAUUUCGCCAAUUACAAGUA